CAACAAGCCAGAUAUAUUCAACCCACGUUCGUUACCUCAUUAUUCCUCAGUCCCCUUCUCAGAAGCGAUGGUGUCGACCCGAAAACGAGACUACGACCACACCGAUAUGGCUCCCAAAUUCAUCGCCCGCCUCAAGCCCUGCAAGACCCGCAAGCCUAAUCCACGCAAACCACCCGCCGACGGUAGCUGUCCAUUUCUCUCUCUCCCAGGAGAAAUACGCAAUCAUAUCUAUAAGUUUGCAUUAACCGAGCCAGGAGGCCUUCAUUUCAACCGGCGCGGAGGCCGGGAGAUGCUGACCGCAAAGGGCCGGUGUUGGCAUUCGAACAAGCUGCAAUUCGUCAACAAGCAGAUUCGAGGUGAGGUCAAAGGCCUUGGCCUCAAACACAAUGAUCUGAAUUUUACGACCAAGAAAGAGGCCGAUGAAGCGCCGAUGACGACUGCCGUUACCUUCCUCCUGCAGGUCCAGCCGAGUUGGUUCAAACACAUGCGCACCAUCAUCAUUUGCCGGAAAGAGCCCAUUGACUACAUCUUCCGGGAGCUAUAUCAGCGCGAAGAUACCUACUUCUCAUUGAACUCCCGCGACAAGCUCAUGGACAUCUGUCGCUCAAACCCCAACAUCACCAUCAAGAUGAUGUUGCCUGGUUGGCAGCUUAACGGAACUUGGUGCUUCUUCAUGCUGAUGAGCAUCCUGCUUACGCGCGUGUAUCGCGGAGAAGAUAUCCGCCAUCUCGACACGUGGGGCGAAGAUCCGGAAUUUGUGCUCGCGCUGUACGGGUAUGAGAAGGGUUAUUUCCUGAACGGGGUGGAUAGAGACGCGUGGGACGCAUUGUGUGUGCCGAACUUCAAGAUCUUUCCGCUGGAUGCAGGUAUUUCAGAUGAGCAGCUGGAGCAAAAAAUUAUGCUGGCGAACGAUAGAUGUCGUGGUCAUGUCGCAUAUCGCGCGGAUUUAACGGUUUGGGCGGAGAAGGCGAAGGAGUGGUACGCGAAUGGGAUUUAG